UUAUAUUUUUGGGGGCUCAAAUCAGAAUUUGCCAAAUUUCAAGGACGCACCGUGGAUCCAUUUUCCCUGGCAAAUGAUUCGCGUUUUCUUCUAAAAAUGGUGCUGAAAACGUCGUAUAGAGAAGAGACAAUCCUUUGUGUCGACUUGUUUUUAACAAACACGGUGGGGUUGAUUUUCCGCGUGGGUUUUAGUUGUGAUCCGGGGUUUUUUCUGUAAUGAUGUGAUCGGACGCAGAUUCGUACUGCACUCUCGCUGCGCUGCUGUCCAACCGAGCCGCUCAUGAUGCCCAGAGCCGUGAGGAGACUGGUCCAUUUGGUGCUGUUCUGCCCACUGUCCAAAGGCCUGCAGAGUCGCCUACCGGCCAUCAAGGUGAAGUACCUGCUCCUGGUCUGGCUGGGUAUCCUCAUCACCAGCUGGGUCCUUUACAUGCAGUAUGCCUCGUACUCUGAACUCUGCCGUGGUCACGUCUGCCAUAUGAUUAUUUGUGAUCACUACAGAAGGGGAAUCAUAUCAGGCUCAUCUUGCAAGGCACUGUGUGAUCAAAGGACUCUGAUCCAGAAGCACUGCAUGUCCACAUCCAGUACACACCAGGUUUACCGUGGACUGUGGAAGGAGAUUCCUGUUGUGAUCAAGUGUAGCGUUAAAGAUCCAGUUAGGAUUGACGGCGCUCCGGAUUCAGUGCUGCGACAGGAGAUCAGUUUAUUUGACAAACCCACUCGUGGAACCUCGAUGGAUGAGUUCAAGGAGAUGAUGCAUAGUUAUCUUAAGACCAACCUUGGUGAGCAGCCGUCCUUGACCACCAUGGUGGACAGAGUUAUUGCCCUUGCUGAUGUCAAUCAGGACAGCAAAGUGUCUUUAGCAGAGGCCAAGUCUAUCUGGGCUCUGCUCCACAUCAAUGAGUUUCUCCUGAUGGUGGCGCUGCAAGAAAAGGAGCACACACCCAAGUUGUUGGGCUUCUGUGGCGACUUGUAUGUCACAGAGCGUGUUGGCCAUAGCUCCCUCUACAGGCUAGAAGUGCCUCAGUACCUGCAGGCUCUGGUCCCAGAGGCUCUGACCUCCAGUCUCAAUCACUGGCUUGCUCCGGCUUGGCCUCGCAGAGCCCGCAUAACCAUCGGCCUGCUGGAGUUUGUGGAAGAGGUCUUCCACGGCUCCUACGGGAGUUUCCUUAUAUGUGAUGCCAGUCCUCUUCACGUGGGCUACAACGCCAAAUAUGACUGCAAGAUGGUCAACCUGCACAGCGUGGCCUCCGAGGCGGUCGUACGGGACUUUCUAAAGGGACGCAGGUGUGAGACUAACGCCGACUGCACAUACGGCCGGGACUGCACGGCAACUUGCGACCGACUGAUGAAGCAGUGCAACACUGAGGUCGUGCAGCCCAAUCUCGCAAAAGUGUGCAUGCUGUUGCAGGAUUAUCUGCUCUUCGGAGCCCCCUCAGACCUACGUGGGGAUCUAGAAAAGCAGCUCCGCACCUGUGUGACUCUGAGCGGUCUGGCCAGCCAGAUGGAGGUUCAUCACUCACUGGUCUUGAACAACCUGAAGACACUGCUGUGGAAGAAGAUUUCCAACACACAGUACUCAUGAAACAGCCUGCCAUAAUAUGAACGAUGUAGGUUUACAGACGCAUCUCAUCACAAGAACCUGAAGAGUUUGUUGCCAAAUGUUUCGGAAGGUGUUCGUUAUUAUUGUACAUAUAUAUUAAUAUAUUUUCUCUUGCCAUUGACUAUAAGUAACAGGAAGCUGUGAAUUAAUGAAAAUGUGUUAUAAUCAACAGAGGAGUUUGACUUAUUCUCUUGAAUUGCCCAUUAAAGCUCCUGAUUUUGUUUCCCAACACAUUAUUUUCUCGUGUGUUUAGAAAUCUCAGGGCGUUGUCUAUAACUAUAUCUGAAGGAAUACAAUAAAAACUGUAACUAUAGAAUUUAGUGUUUACAGAAACUCCUAUCUGUCACUUACUAUACGGGAAGAGAUUUAUCUGAGUGAGAAAUGUAAUAUUUUUGGUGCCAACAUCAAGCAGUGGAUCAAUAAAGUUUUGUAAUAAUAAACAGAUUACACUGAUUAAGAUUGUGUUUUUCGCAUUGGAGGUUAAUGUUCACAACCUGAGUUCGCAUUCAGUCAGAUCUCUAU